AUAAAGCUGCUGGGGGUCUACUUUAUCUCCUCUCAAGAGUUCUUGGCAAAUGCAUACGUGCUGGCCGUGCUGCUGUUCUUCGCCCUGAUCCUGCAGAGAACCUUCCUCCAGGCCUCGUAUUAUGUGGCCAUCGAGACGGGCAUCAACUUACGAGGGGCUAUACAGGUACUGUACUGUUGGCCUAUAUACAGAAGGGACCACAUCGCACAAAUGAUCUCUGCAAACUUUCGCAUACAUCACACAUUGAUGUCAAUGGAGAUUUGUGUGAAGACAUUCUGCCCCUUAUGCUUAUUCUCAUUCUCUAUUACUUAGAAACAGGGAAUUAGUGUCACAAAAGCAUCUGCAGUAUCAAUAUGUCAAUUUUGAACAGUAUGCCUGUCAAUGGUAGAAGCCCAGUAGAGCUCAUAGAGAGUACAGUCAUACAUUGUCAAUACAUACAAUGACAUACAGGUAACUGGCUAAGUAAAGGAAACCCCAACAUAAAGUGUCUUAAUAGAGCAUUGGGCCACCACGAGCCACCAGAACAGCUUCAAUGCGCCUUGGCAGUGUCGAGAGGGAUGCGACACCAUUCUCCCGCCGAGAAUUCCCAUAAUUGGUGUUUUGGUCACAUAUGAAACACCCGCACACGCCCCUCCACGAUCUCCCAUGUUUCAAUUGGUCUAUCUGCUGCAUGAGCAAAAACCACAUUACAUGACCCACAUGAUAUGACGAACUCAGCACACACCCUGUUUGGAAGCACCUGUUUCCAUUCGAGUAUCCCUCUUUUCAAGUCCUGAAUCUAUUCGUUACUGCCAUGGUACCAAACAUUACUUGGCAUUUAGCAGACGCCUUAUCCAGAGGGAUUAAUUGGUAUUAUUAUUUUAUACUGCGAUCAACCCACACCCUGUUGAAGCACCUGUUUUCAAUAUACUUUGUAUCCCUCAUUUACUCAAGUGUUUCCUUUAUUUUGGCAGUUACCUGUACAUUGUCCCUUAUGUUGUCAUUAUUAUACAUGUAUAGCGGGGGGGGGGACUAAGAAUGAGAGUAGCCAAACUACAUCACAGGUUAGGUGAGUUAUAGUAAGGCGAGGUCCUCUGAUAACUACAUUAUAUAACAGGUUUGGGAGGGAGGAGCAUUCAUUUAUCUGUUUCCCUAUGAUGUGUCUGACUAACUUCUCCUUCCAGACUAAGAUCUACAAUAAGAUAAUGCGGCUGUGCACCUCCAACAUGUCUAUGGGAGAACUGACUGUGGGACAGAUCUGCAACCUGGUAGCCAUAGAUACCAACCAGCUCAUGUGGUUCUUCUUCCUCUGUCCCAACCUGUGGGCCAUGCCAGUCCAGGUAACACUAUUCUGUUCUACUCUACUCUACUUGGUUAGUUUAUAUACAGAUUUAUUUGAUUCUAUUCUAUCUGGGUAUAUUCUGUUUGGUUCUAGUCUACAGUACACUGUAAAGGGAUUGCUGUAAAUUUGAUAGUAAUUUACAGGCAGUAAAUAGGCAAGAAAGUUACUAUAUUUCAUAUUGCAGUACACCUACUGUAAUCUAAAUACAGUAUCACAGCAAGUACUGUGUAAUGACACACAGUACAAUACUGUAGAAUUGACUGUAUAGUACUGUAAAAAAAAAAAAUGCUACCAUAAUCUGAAUGAAUUCAUGAAUUAAUGGAUGAAUGAAUUCAAUUCAUUGAGGGGAUUGGGUUUUGUAUUUCACUGAAUUGGGUUUUGUAUUUCACAACUUUUUUUUUAACAGUAAUUUACAGGCAAUUGGCUGCCAGGAUGUUUUUACAGUGGUUUUUUGCAUCUCUAAAAAUACAGUACAGUACUGAUUCUGUGGGAUGGACUUGCAGUACCAUUUGAAAUAUAGCAAUUCUUCCCUCCCCCACAAUCUUCCCACAAUGUACCAGAAUUUACAGUAUGCUGCAGUAAAAUGUUUCACAGUAUUUUACUGUUGAUAAUAUCAAAAAUUACAGUGUAAAUGACAGUUUUCCAUUACAGUGUAUUCUAGUCUAAUCUACUGUAUCAAAGGCAAACGCAGGAUAUGAGUCAGAAGGGUAGAACAAUUAAAAAAGACAGCCAGGCAGAAAAGAAGAAGCACAGCAGGAGGCCCCUAUGGAUUUGAAAUAGAUUUAUUGCAUACUAUAUAUUACAACAGAACAGUGUGACCUUCAGGUUUAUGCUCUAUGGCAUGUAUAAUUCAUGUUAAGCAGUUGUCACGCCCUGUCUCUGGGGACUCUGUUAUGUUGAGCCAGGGUGUGUAGAGUCUAUGUUAUGUGUUUCUAUGUUGGCCGGGGUGGUUCUCAAUUAGAGGCAACGUGAAUCAGCUGUUGCUUGUUGUCUCUGAUUGGGAACCAUACUUAGGUAGUCGUUUGGCAUUUGUGUGGGGUGGUAUCUUGUUCCGUGUUGGUUUGUGUUUGUUACCAAGGACUUCACGUAUCGUUUUGUUGUUUUUGUUCGUGUGGUGAAUAUAUAAUAAAGUAUGUUCGCAUUCCACGCUGCGCAUUGGUCCAAUCCUUUUGACGAUCGUGACAGAAGAUCCCACCAUACACUGUGCCAAGCAGCGUGAAGAGGAGAGAGGUUGGACUUGGGAGCAGAGGAUGGAGAGUCUGGCGAGAGCCAUGGAGGGCAUAUCCACGGGGGAGAGGCACCCCCAAUACAUUUUUAGGGGGGGGCACAUGGCAUGGGCGACGGAGCUGCUGGAGGCAGAUAAAGGGCGAGUUUGUGGACGAGGAGAAAAGGCCACUGGGUUACGGGAGCCAUUGGUGAUUAGAGGGAGGGAAAGUGUAGAGGCACGGCGAGAGGUACUGAAGUGUGUUGCCAGUCCGGUCCGGCCCGUUCCUGAUCCCCGUAUAAGGCCAGUGGUGUGUGUUCCCAGUGCGGUCCGGCCUGUUCCUGUCCCUCGCACCAAGCCUGUGAUGCGCGUCGCCAGCCCGGUCCGGCCUGUUCCUGCCCCUCGCACCAAGCCUAUGGUGCGCGUCGCCAGCCCGGCCCGGCCCGUUCCUGCUCCCCGCACCAAGCCAGUGGUGCGCUUAGUCAGCCCGGUUCGGCCCGUCCCUGCUCCCCGCACCAAGCCAAUGGUGCGCGUCGCCAGCCCAGCCCGGCCUGUUCCUGCCCCUCACACCAAGCCAAUGGUGCGCGUCGCCAGCCCGGCCCGGCCUGUUCCUGCCCCUCGCACCAAGCCAAUGGUGCGCGUCGCCAGCCCGGCCCGGCCUGUUCCUGCCCCUCGCACCAAGCCAAUGGUGCGCGUCGCCAGCCCGGCCCGGCCUGUUCCUGCUCCCGCACCAAGCCUAUGGUGCGCGUCGCCAGCCCGGCCCAGCCUGUUCCUGCUCCCCGCACCAAGCCAAUGGUGCGCGUCGCCAGCCCGGCCCGGCCUGUUCCUGCCCCUCGCACCAAGCCAAUGGUGCGCGUCGCCAGCCCGGCCCGGCCUGUUCCUGCCCCUCGCACCAAGCCAAUGGUGCGCGUCGCCAGCCCGGCCCGGCCUGUUCCUGCCCUCCGCACCAAGCCUAUGGUGCGCGUCGCCAGCCCGGGCCGGCCUGUUCCUGCUCCCCGCACCAAGCCAAUGGUGCGUGUCGCCAGCCCGGCCCGGCCUAUUCCUGCUCCCCGCACCAAGCCUGUGGUGCGCAUCGUCAGCCCGGUCCGGCCCGUUCCUGCUCCCCGCACCAAGCCAGGGGUGCGCGUCGUCAGCCCGGUCCAGCCAUUCCUGCUCCCCGCACCAAGCCAAUGGUGCGCGUCGCCAGCCCGGUCCGGCCCAUUCCUGCUCCCCGCACCAAGCCUGUGGUGCGCGUCGUCAGUCCGGCACAGCCCGUGCCCGUUUCACCGGUGCCUGGUCAGGUACCACACCGGAGCCUAAGCAAUCCGCUCCACCGAUGUCCAGUCCAGCUCCAGCCAGCGGGGCCAGACCAGACCAGGGGCGCUACGGGGGGGUUGUUAGAGGGUGGUGGUCAAGCCCGGAGCCGGAUCCGCCUCCGAGGAGGAAUGCCCACCCGGCCCUCCCCUGUUCGGUUUAUGUUUGGUGCGGUCGCAGUCCGCGCCUUUGGGGGGGGUAGUGUCACGCCCUGGCUCUGGGGACUCUGUUAUGUUGAGCCAGGGUGUGUAGAGUCUAUGUUAUGUGUUUCUAUGUUGGCCGGGGUGGUUCUCAAUCAGAGGCAACGUGAAUCAGCUGUUGCUUGUUGUCUCUGAUUGGGAACCAUACUUAGGUAGUCGUUUGGCAUUUGUGUGGGGUGGUAUCUUGUUCCGUGUUGGUUUGUGUUUGUUACCAAGGACUUCACGUAUCGUUUUGUUGUUUUUGUUCGUGUGGUGAAUAUAUAAUAAAGUAUGUUCGCAUUCCACGCUGCGCAUUGGUCCAAUCCUUUUGACGAUCGUGACAGCAGUGAUGAUCUCUCAUAUCCUUUCUCUAAAUCCAUACAUGGAAAUGGAAGGAAGGUGUUGGUGGAAAAAAAUUACAUUUGAAAUAUACUGAACCAAAAUAUAAACACAACAUUUAAAGUGUUGGUCCCAUGUUUAAUGAGCUGAAAUAAAAGAUCCCAAAAAUUGUCCAUACGCACAAAAAGCGUAUUUAAAAUCAAAUCAAAUCACAUUUUUUUUGCCACAUGCGCCGAAUACAACAGGUGUAGACCUUACAGUGAAAUGCUUACUUAUAAGCCCUUAACCAACAAUGCAGUAAAAAAAUAAAAAGAUAAGUAAAAAAAAUGCAAAUAUUCCAGGUAGCCAUGAUUAGCUGUUCAGGAGUCUUAUGGUUUGGGGGUAGAAGCUGUUAAGAAUCCUUUUGGAUCUAGACUUGGUGCUCCGGUACCGCUUACCAUGCGGUAGCAGAGAGAACAGUCUAUGACUACGGUGGCUGGAGUCUUUGACAAUUUUUAGGGCCUUCCCCUGACACCGCCUGGUAUAGAGGUCCUGGAUGGCAGGAAGCUUGUCUGGGCCGUACGCACUUCCCUCUGUAGUGCCUUUGCGGUCGGAGGCCAAGCAGUUGCCAUACCAGGCGGUGAUGCAAUCAAUCAGGAUGCUCUUGAUGGUGUAGCUGUACAACUUUUUGAGGAUCUGAGGACCCAUGACAAAUCUUUUCAGUGUCCUGAGGGGGAAUAGGCUUUGUCGUGCCCUUUUCACGACUGUCUUGGUGUUUGGACCAUGGUAGUUUGUUGGUGAUGUGGACACCAAGGAACUUGAAGCUCUCAACCUGUUCCACUACAGCCCCGUCGAUGAGAAUGGGGGUGUGCUGAGUACUCUUUUUUCCCCCUGUAGUCCACAAUCAUCUCCUUUGUCUUGAUCACGUUGAGGGAGAGGUUGUUAUCCUGGCACCACACAGCCAGGUCUCUGACCUCCUCCCUAUAGGCUGUCUCAUCGUUGUCGGUGAUCAGGUAUACCACUGUUGUGUCGUCGGCAAACUUAAUGAUGGUGUUGGAGUCGUUCCUGAUCAAGCAGUCAUGGGUGAACAGUGAGUACAGGAGGGGACUGAGCACGCACCCCUGAGGUGCAGAGGGAGGUGUUUAGUCCCAGGGUCCUUAGCUUAGUGAUGAGCUUUGAGGGCACUAUGGUGUUGAACGCUGAGCUGUAGUCAAUUAAUAGCAUUCUCACGUAGGUGUUCCUCUUGUCCAGGUGGGAAAGAGCAGUUGGAGUGCAAUAGAGAUUGCAUCAUCUGUGGAUCUGUUGGGGUGGUAUGCAAAUUGGAGUGGGUCUAGGGUUUCUGGGAUAAUGGUGUUGAUGUGAGCCAUGACCAGCCUUUCAAAGCACUUAACGCUACAGACGUGAGUGCUACAGGUCGGUAGUCAUUUAGGCAGGUUAUCUUAGUGUUCUUGGGCACAGGGACUAUGGUGGUCUGCUUGAAACAUGUUGGUAUUACAGACUCAGUCAGCGACAUGUUGAAUAUUGUCAGUGAAGACACUUGCCAGUUGGUCAGCGCAUGCUCGGAGGUACACGUCUUGGUAAUCCGUCUGGCCCUGCGGCCUUGUGAAUGUUGACCUGCUUAAAAGUCUUACUCACAUCGGCUACGGAGAGCGUGAUCACAUAGUCAUCCGGAACAGCUGAUGCUCUCAUGCAUGCUUCAGUGUAGCUUGCCUCGAAGCGAGCAUAGAAGUGAUUUAGCUCGUCUGGUAGGCUUGUGUCACUUGGCAGCUUGUGGCUGUGCUUCCCUUUGUAGUCUGAAAUAGUUUUCAAGCCCUGCCACAUCCGACGAGCGUCGGAGCCACUGUAGUGUGAUUCAAUCUUAGUCCUGUAUUGAAGCUUUGCCGGUUCGUCGGAGGGCAUAGCGGGAUUUCUUAUAGCGUCCGGGUUAGAGUCCCGCUCCUUGAAAGCUCAGCUCUACCCUUUAGCUCAGUGCGGAUGUUGCCUUUAAUCCAUGGCUUCUGGUUGGGGUAUGUACGUACGGUCAAUGUGGGAACGACGUCAUCGAUGCACUUAUUGAUGAAGCCAGUGACUGAUGUGGUGUACUCCUCAAUGCUAUCGGAAGAAUCCCGGAACAUAUUCCAAUCUGUGCUAGCAAAAGAGUCCUGUAGCUUAGCAUCUGCGUCCUCUGACCACUUCCUUAUUAUCCGAGUCACUGGUGCUUCCUGGUUUAGUUUUUGCUUAUAAGCAGGAAUCAGGAGGAUCGAGUUAUGGUCAGAUUUGCCAAAUGGAGGGCGAGGGAGAGCUUUGUACGCGUCUCUGUGUGUGGAGUAAAGGUGGUCUAGAGUUUUUUUUCCGUCUGGUUGCACAUUUAACAUGCUGGUAGAAAUUAGAUAGAACGGAUUUAAGUUUCCCUGCAUUAAAGUCCCCGGCCACUAGGAGCUCUGCCUCUGGAUGAGCGUUUUCCUGUUUACUUAUGGCCUUAUACAGCUCAUUGAGUGCAAUCUUAGUGCCAGCAUCGGUUUGUGGUGGUAAAUAGACAGCUACAAAAACUCUCUUGGUAAAUAGUGUGGUCUACAGCUUAUCAUGAGAUACUCUACCUCAGGCAAGCAAAACCUCGAGACUUCCUUAGUAUUAGAUUUUAUGCACCAGCUGUUGUUUACAAAUAUACACAGACCGCCACCCCUUGUCUUAACGGAGUCAGCCGUUCUAUCCUGCCGAUGUAGUGUAUAUCCCGCCAGCUGUAUGUUAUCCAUGUCGUCGUUCAGCCACGACUCGGUGAAACAUAAGAUAUUACAGUUUUUAAUGUACAGUUGGUAGGAUAACCUUAAUCUUAGGUCGUCCAAUUUAUUUUUAAAUGAUUGAAUUACAAAUAAUGCGAAAAAAACACACCCCUUGGUUAGAGGGCUGUAAAACGGCAGCCAUCUUCUCCGGUGCUCAAAUUUUGUGCACAAAUUCGUUUACAUGCCUGUAAUUCUGCAUUUCUACUUUGCCAAGAUAAUCCAUCCACCUGACAGAUGUGGCAUAUCAAGAAGCUGAUUAACCUCAAGGAUCUGACCCUUUUUUCCCAUUUUUUUGCCUAAAAAGACAUAACCAAAUCUAACUGCCUGUAGCUCAGGACCUGAAGCAAGGAUAUGCAUAUUCUUGAUACCAUUUGAAAGGAAACACUUUGAAGUUUGUGAAAUGUGAAAUUAAGGUAGGAGAAUAUAACACAUCAGAUCUGGUAAAAGAUAAUACAAACAAAAAACAUGCAUUUUCUAUUAAUUUUUUUGUUCCAUCAUCUUUGAAAUGCAAGAGAAAGGCCACAAUAUAAUAUUGCAGUUUAAGCGCAAUUUAGCAGUGUGUGUGCAAAGUUUCAGAUUGAUCCAGUGAAGCAUUGCAAUACUGGACUAUUUUGUAUCAAGUCUGCCCAAAUGUGCCGAAUUGGUCAAUUGAUAAAUGUUCAAUUACAUAACAAUAGAGAACAUACAAAAAUGAUAUGGUAAUACAAAAUGUAAGUUUACACACUCCCAGGAAUGUCAUACAUGAUGGAUCAUUAGCUACGAAAGUUAACUUUCAUACAUCUAGAUGGCCGGGCGGGGUGGGUGUGGAGCCAGAGACAGCAGGGGUUCAAACUGUAGAACCCAGUUCCUACAUUUGAAUAUAAAAAUUGAUUUUAUCAAAUAAAACUAUGCUACAUUUUAUCUCUGGGACCCUCAGGAUGACAAAUCAGAGCAAGAUUACUGAAUGUAAGUACAUUAUUUACCUUCAGAGGUGAAUGUAUCAAACCAGUUGCCGUGAUACGUUUUUUGUUGUUGUGCACUCUCCUCAAACAAUAGCAUGGUAUUUUUUCACUGCAAUAGCUACUGUAAAUUGGACAGUGCAGUUAGAUUAACAAGAAUUUAAGCUUUCUGCCCAUAUAAGACAUGUCUAUGUCCUGGAAAGUUUGCUGUCACUUACAGCAGUUAUGCUAAUUACAUUAGCGCACGUUAGCUCAACCGUUCCGUAUACGGGACACCGAUCCCGUAGAGGUUAAACAGCAUGGUCAUUACACAGGUGCACCUUGUGCUGGGGACAAUAAAAGGCCACUCUAAACUGUGCAGUUUUGUCUCACAGUGCAAUGCACAGAUGUCUCAAGUUUUGAGGGAACAUGCAAUUGGCAUGCAGACUGCAGGAAUGUCCACCAGAGCUGUUGCCAGAGAAUUGAAUGUUCAUUUCUCUACCAUAAGCCACCUCCAACGUUGUUUUAGAGAAUUUGGCAGUACGUCCAAACGGCCUCACAACCACAGACCACGUGUAACCACACCAGCCCAGGACCUCCACAUUUGACUUCUUCACCUGCGGGAUCGUCUUACACCAGCCAACCGGACAGCUGAUGAAACUGUGGGUUUGCACAACCAAAUAAUUUCUGCACUAACUGUCAGAAACCGUCUCAUGGAAGCUCAUCUGCGUGAUCUUUAUCCUCACCAAGGUCUUGACCUGACUGCAGUUCGGUGUCGUAACCAACUUCAGUGGGAAAAUGCUCACCUUCGAUGGCCACUGGCACACUGGAGAAGUGUGCUCUUCAUGGAUUAAUCCCGGUAUCAACUGUACUGGGCAGAUGGCAGACAGCGUGUAUGGCGUCAUGUGGGUGAGCGGUUUGCUGCUGUCAAUGUUGUGAACAGAGUGCCCCAUUGUGGCCGUGGGGUUAUGAUAUGGGCAGGCAUAAGCUACAGACAAUGAACACAAUUGCAUUUUAUCAAUGGCAAUUUGAAUGCACAGAGAUACCGUGAAGAGAUCCUGAGGCCCAUUGUUGUGCCAUUCAUCCGCCGCCAUCACCUCAUGAUAAUGCACGGCCCCAUGUCGCAUGGAUAUGUACACAAUUCCUGGAAGCUGAAAAUGUCCCAGUUCUUCCAUGGUCUGCAUACUCACCAGACAUGUCACCCAUUGAGCAUGUUUGGGAUGCUCUGGAUCAACGUGUACGACAGCGUGUUCCAUUUCCCGCGAAUAUCCAGCAACUUCGCACAGCCAUUGAAUAGGAGAGGGACAACAUUCCACAGGCCACAAUCAACAGCCUGAUCAACUCUAUGCGAAGGAGAUGUUGCGCUGCAUGAGUCAAAUGGUGGUCACACCAGAUACUGACUGGUUUUCUGAUCCACACCCCUAUCUUUUUUUUUUUUUGUAUCUGUGACCAACAGAUGCAUAUCUGUAUUCCCAGUCAUGUGAAAUCCAUAGAUUUGGGCCUAAUGAAUUGAUUUCAAUUGACUGUUUUCCUUAUAGGAACAGUAACUCAGUAAAAUCUUUGAAAUUGUUGCAUGUUGCGUUUAUAUUUUUGUUCAAUGUAGUAUGCUAGUAUGGGUUUUUGGACACGGUCAGUUUCUCCUACCACACUCUCUCUCUCUCAAGGUCAAGGGGAGACAGGUUAAUGGCAUAUUGUGUUUGUGUGUGUGCUUGUGUGUGUGUGUGUGUGUGUGUGUGAGAGAGAGAGAUAGAGAGAGAAGCUGCGAUUCACACAUGUUCCACUAAAUUGCAUGUCCAAUCAGGCGUACAAUCCAAUUUUCCCUGAUCUUAACAUUUCCCAAGGUUUAAAAUGCCCAAACAACAUUCUGUAUUGUAUUCUUCAGAUCAUUGUGGGAGUGAUUCUGCUCUACUACCUCCUGGGGAUCAGUGCCUUGAUCGGGGCCACAGUCAUCGCUGUCCUGGCCCCUGUCCAGUACUUUGUGGCCACCAAGCUGUCCCAAGCACAGAAGAGCACCCUGGUGAGUAAUAAAUGCCAUUUAGAUGACACUUUUAUCCAAAGCGAUUCACAGUCAUGGCCAGAGAUGGGCAGUAUUUCUGUUACAUGUAUUUUAAAUACGUAUUUAAUUACUUUUGAAUUAUUUUUGAGUAUUUUGUCAUUUGUGUUACACUGGCCUGGGUAACCCUUUUAUAUUAAGUUGCAUCUAUUACUAUGUAACUACAUAGUAAUAAAUGUAGUAACAACAUAGUUAAGAGGGUAAUACUAUGUAAUGACAUGGUAAUAAGGUUGUAGUGCUAUCAGUUAUUACACAAUUGGAACAAGGAAUGUUUACUUACGCAUCCACUUGCUGAAGGUUUUCCACAUGUGUAACUACUGAUGUUAAUAAAGCCGCAUACAAACAUGGUCUCUUUUUUGCUUUAUUGAGUAAGGCAGCUCCAAAAUGCAGGUGUUUUCUGUGGUGGUGGAGCAGCCAGCGGAAAAUACAGAGCGUAGGUGUUGGUAAUGUUCUCUAGUUGUGCCGUGAUUGACUCAGUGUUCUGUCACUCAUGGGUACACUACGUCACUGCCAAGUCUAAGGGUAGAGCUAGAAAAUUCAAGCCCCUUUGGUGCUGCCAUGGAGUUACAUUAGAAGUGCCCAUCCAUGAAGGCUGAAGGUCAUUGGCCACAGAUAAAAUGACAUCAAAUCACGUUAUAUCUACAGUAGCUUUGAUUGGACUGAUCAUGUCAACAUCAUACUUUCAAAAUUUUUGCUAGCAGUCAUCAUCAUGAAUCAAGUCGACAAUCUACUGGCAAAUCCUUUUUAAUCCUUGUCAUAUGAAGAGAAAUAAUGAAGAGAAAUUAUAGAUAAAACGUAUCGGUGCUCAUCGGCCAUUGGACAUAAACAUUACACAACAAGUUGGAAAUCGCAAAUUCAACAAUGAGUGGUUUGGAAGGAAUCAGUGGCUAACUGCAAGCAUUGCAAAGCAAUCACUAGCCUGCUAUUCAGUGGAGUGGCUGUGUGGUCCCAAGUCUGGGAUUAAGGGUCUCUUUUCCAAGCUUAAAAUGAUAAACAUUCAACAUUGGCCAUGCUGUCAAUGAAGCAUGAUUUGAGCCGCGCUCAAAACAACUUAACUCGGAGCUGCGAAAUCUGACUUCAGUGAGUUCAAGACAACUGGGAACUCGGGAAAAACGAGCUCCGACUGGGAGAAUACGUUUUGAACGGUCAGACAACUCAAAAUUGUAAAUCCGGAACUCGGGCCUCUUUCUAGAUCUACGACCUGAAGAUCACUGACGUCAUCAUGAUUCAACCUUGUUUUUUUCCCGAGUUCCCAGUUGUCUUGAAAGCACCAUAAAUCCAGAGAAUGCCAGACUUUGAUGACAAAAUUUGCCCACGAAAGACCUCCGCGCCACCUUCCUGUUCAAGUGAGCACAGCACAACAACGUGAGUCCAAAAAUGUAUUGUAUGCUGCUGCAUAAAUGAUGUAAUAUGCCAGGGAGAUAUGUAUACUGUAGCUAAGAAAGUAAUACUAAGUGUAUGUUGUGUAGUAAGCUGUUAGUAGCCCAUGUGCCUCACCCUAAUAAUUUGGCUUAUUUUCCCCUCUUAAUUUCGCCUACUGUUCUGACUUUGUGGUGCACAUGUAGCCUAUAACCUGUUUUAGAGAAAUGUAAUCAUCGAAUAUUGUAAGAGCUUUCAUUGUCUGCUUAUAAGUCUCCCGAGUGGCGCAGUGGUCUAAGGCACUGCAUCGCAGUGCUAGCUGUGCCACUAGAGAUCCUGGUUCGAAUCCAGGCUCUGUCGUAGCCGGCCGCGACUGUGAGACCCAUGGGGCGGCGCACAAUUGGCCCAGGGUAUGGGAGGGAAUGGCCGGCAGGGAUGUAGCUCAGUUGGUAGAGCAUGGCGUUUAUGUAUGCACUCACUACCUGUAAGUCGCUCUGGAUAAGAGCGUCUGCUAAAUGACUACAAUGUAAUAUGCCCCCUUUAUUUAUCUUACUUUGUGUACAGGGAGAAUACUGUAAGAACGGCCCAUGUUCUGAAUUCUGUCGCUGUACAUUUCAAAAGUGCUGAACAAAUAGUUAUAUUGACUACGUCUGUCCUAGCUCGCUCAUUAAUGUCUUAAUUGAAAUUACAGAUUGCCUCUUAUCCACUUGUCGUCCCCUUAUGCCAUAGUUUGUACAUCUCAAUUGUCAGUAGAAACCACAUUUGUUUAAGCAAGUCAGCCAUAUCAGCUUUGUUUUUUUUAAAGGCAGUAAAUGAGGCUGAAUGAACUGUUUUGCAGACAGUCAAGGCUCCGCUGAUAGCCAGGUGUAGCAGUGGUAAGGUGUUGGGACUGCUGUUGGGACUGCUGUUGGGACAGCUUUAUGUAGGCCCUAACAGUUUGUGGGCACCGUUUGUCACCGUUAUAGUGCAUUGAAUGUAUUGUUUAGUGUUGUGUAGUGGCUUUGCUGGCAUGCAUCCCACAUUAUUUUUGUUUUGCCCCACCAAGAUUUACAUGCUAAAAUCGCCACUGAUGUUAUUAACACAAUCCAAAAUCUGACCUUGUUACAUGUAACUACAAGGUGCCACUACCAUCGAAUCCACAUGCAAUACCAGGGUUAAAUAGGCUAAGACCAGGUUACAACAAUUGUAACAAGGCACACCCUUGUCAUUAACUACUGGUCAUUUUCAAUGUGUUUAUUUCUAUGUUAUGACCUGGCUCAAAGGCUAUACUGAAUCAAGUAUAAUGUAAAAACAAUGGCGUUACAUAGGAUAUACUUGUAAUUAUCAUGUACCUACCCAGGAGCAAGCAACUUAAUGUAACGUGAGGGUAUAAUCUUUGUAAUUACGAUGUAGUUACAAUGUAAUAACCUUUGCAGAAAAUAGGCUAACCAGGAGAAAUUAGGAGACAGGAGAACAUUAGGUAUAACCCUUUAUAACAAUCUUUAACAACCAACUCUGUAAUUACAAUUUUAUUACAAGGUAUAUACUACUACUGUAUCUACUGUAUUUACAAUGUACUUACCCUGGAGCAAGCAACUUAAUGUAAAGUGAAGUGACAUUUUUAAUGACUUUGUACUUACAAUAUAACAACCCUUGCAGACAAUAGGCUAACCAGGAGAAAUAAGGAGACAGGAGAACGUUCUUCUCAGUUUGACUUUUCUUUAAUAGAUUUUACAAAUAUUCAUAUUCAAACUAUUCAAAUUAAAUUCUAAAUUUCAGACUUAAAGCAAUAAUUAUUAUUAAAACAUACUAACUAGUUAGUAAAACAUACUAACACAGGGUGGUAAAGCUAGCUAGCAUUUCCCCCAAAAAAAAUUCCUCAGCAAGUGGUAUUCUGGGUACCAGUCUCUACCGUUCCACUCUUUGGCAGAGACUGGCAACCAGGCUAAGCAAGUGGAUGUGUAAUUACACAUUCCUUGUUCCAAUUGUGUAAUAACUGAUAGCGCUAAAAUCUUAUUACCACGCAUUUACAUAGUAAUACCUGUGUAACUACUAUGUUGUUACUACAGUUAUUACUGUGUAAUUACAUAGUAAACUGGGAAACUUAAUGUAAAGGGUUACCCUGGCCUGAACUACAAUCAAAUGUAUUUUGUAACGAGAUACUUUUGAGACCUGUAAUUUGUACACAAUAGCGGUUCACAAUUUUGUGGCACCCUUUCACCCUGCAUUGGUAUCAGAAGUCUGACUGCACAAUGGUGUGAUAAGAGUGUCUGCUAAAUGACCAAAAUGUCAAUGUAAAAAUGAACACUUGCAAAGCAUGCUGGGAUUUAUUCUAAUGAGCUCCGUCCCCAAAACAAGGCCAAUAAUAAUAUUUUAUCUAGUUGUAGUACUCUGCAAAAGUAUUUAAAUUGGACACAUUGGUCUUUAGACUAUCUUGUAGGUGUAACAAGAUACAUUUUGAUGUAUCUUUUGCCCGUCUCUGGUCAUGCCUGCAUACAUUUUACAUACGGUGGUCCUGGGAAUUGAACACACUAUCGGGCGUUGGAAGCCCCAUACUCUACCAACUGAGCUACAGUAGGACCCUUCAAUAAGCAGUUAGCAGUUAGACAAACAGUGUUCUGUGUGGGCUCUGACCUAUCACUGUUCCAAGGAGACCGACUGCACUGCCAUCUUGGCAAACAGUCUGGGUAUGUUUUGAUUUUAUCUUCCUGGUGGGAGAGAUUAGAGAGUAGAUGUCAUGAGACUGCUGAAUUAAGGUGCGUGAUCCUUUUAUAGUAAACACACACACCCUCAGAUAUUGGAUAACCGUUGUUAUCUUACUGAUAAUAACCAAGUGGAUUGGUAAGAAACAAUAGUAUUUUUCAACCAUAAUCUCUUCAUUAAUCACGUAACAUGUCUUCCUGCUUCGUCUGCCUCUCUCUCUAAAUACACUGUUCAUUUCUAUAAUACCAUGCUACUGUAAUACAUAAGUGUGUAUACCACUAGCUUAAUUGUCUGAGAUUAAGUACUGUAUCUUUCAUGACAAUUAUUCUGUUCUGAUAUUCUUGUGUGUACUACGGUAUAGGACUACUCUAUGUUUUUCUGUGUUAUGAUACUGUACAAGAGCGCUCCAGUCUGUCACGAUCGUCAUAAUGAGUGGACCAAGGCGCAGCGUGAUAUGCGUACAUCUCUUUAAUAGUGUACUUAGCAACACGAUACAAAUAACAAAACAACAAAACGAAACGUGAAGUCCUCGGUCAUACACAAACCUACACGGAACAAGAUCCCACGAAUCACAAGUGCACAAAAGGCUGCCUAAGUAUGGUUCCCAAUCAGAGACAACAAGCAACAGCUGAUUCUCGUUGCCUCUGAUUGAGAACCACCCCGGCCAACAUAGAAACACAUAACCUAGAACAGAACAUAGGAAACGAAACAUAGACACUACACAAAGAAAUUAACACCCUGGCUCAACAUACAAGAGUCCCCAGAGCCAGGGCGUGACACAGUCAUUCAAUCAAUCAAUCACAUUUAUUUAUAAAGUCCUUUUUAUAUCAGCAGAUGUCACAAAGUGCUUAUACAGAAACCCAGCCUAAAACAGCAAGCAAUGCAGAUGUGGAAGCAGAUGUUUGUGUGUAUUUUGAUAUAGAAAUUCUCCAGUCAUUCAGAUGUUUGUGUGUAUCAUCCUAAAGGAGUACUCCAGUCAUUCAGAUGUGUGUGUAUCAUCCUAAAGGAGUACUCCAGUCAUUCAGAUGUGUGUGUAUCAUCCUAAAGGAGUACUCCAGUCAUUCAGAUGUGUGUGUAUCAUCCUAAAGGAGUACUCCAGUCAUUCAGAUGUGUGUGUAUCAUCCUAAAGGAGUACUCCAGUCAUUCAGAUGUGUGUGUAUCAUCCUAAAGGAGUACUCCAGUCAUUCAGAUGUGUGUGUAUCAUCCUAAAGGAGUACUCCAGUCAUUCAGAUGUGUGUGUAUCAUCCUAAAGGAGUACUCCAGUCAUUCAGAUGUGUGUGUAUCAUCCUAAAGGAGUACUCCAGUCAUUCAGAUGUGUGUGUAUCAUACUAAAGGAGUACUCCAGUCAUUCAGAUGUGUGUGUAUCAUCCUAAAGGAGUACUCCAGUCAUUCAGAUGUGUGUGUAUCAUCCUAAAGGAGUACUCCAGUCAUUCAGAUGUGUGUGUAUCAUCCUAAAGGAGUACUCCAGUCAUUCAGAUGUGUGUGUAUCAUCCUAAAGGAGUACUCCAGUCAUUCAGAUGUGUGUGUAUCAUCCUAAAGGAGUACUCCAGUCAUUCAGAUGUGUGUGUAUCAUCCUAAAGGAGUACUCCAGUCAUUCAGAUGUGUGUGUAUCAUCCUAAAGGAGUACUCCAGUCAUUCAGAUGUGUGUGUAUCAUCCUAAAGGAGUACUCCAGUCAUUCAGAUGUGUGUGUAUCAUCCUAAAGGAGUACUCCAGUCAUUCAGAUGUGUGUGUAUCAUCCUAAAGGAGUACUCCAGUCAUUCAGAUGUGUGUGUAUCAUCCUAAAGGAGUACUCCAGUCAUUCAGAUGUGUGUGUAUCAUCCUAAAGGAGUACUCCAGUCAUUCAGAUGUGUGUGUAUCAUCCUAAAGGAGUACUCCAGUCAUUCAGAUGUGUGUGUAUCAUCCUAAAGGAGUACUCCAGCGAGCGGUUGAAGAAGACCAAUGAGCUGCUGCGGGGCAUCAAGCUGCUGAAGCUGUACGCCUGGGAACAUAUCUUUUGUCACAGUGUGGAGGAGACCAGGGCCAAGGAGCUCACCAGCCUGGAGGCCUUCGCCCUCUAUACAUCCAUAUCUAGUAGGUUACCUUACCUCCCUCUACACAUCCAUAUCUAGUAGGUUACCUUACCUCCCUCUACACAUCCAUAUCUAGUAGGUUACCUUACCUCCCUCUACACAUCCAUAUCUAGUAGGUUACCUUACCUCCCUCUACACAUCCAUAUCUAGUAGGUUACCUUACCUCCCUCUACACAUCCAUAUCUAGUAGGUUACCUUACCUCCCUCUACACAUCCAUAUCUAGUAGGUUACCUUACUCCUCACCAUCCUAUUAGUGUACCCACACUCUACAUCAUAUCUAGUAGGUUACCUUACCUCCCUCUACACAUCCAUAUCUAGUAGGUUACCUUACCUCCCUCUACACAUCCAUAUCUAGUAGGUUACCUUACCUCCCUCUACACAUCCAUAUCUAGUAGGUUACCUUACCUCCCUCUACACAUCCAUAUCUAGUAGGUUACCUUACCUCCCUCUACACAUCCAUAUCUAGUAGGUUACCUUACCUCCCUCUAACAUCCAUAUCUAGUAGGUUACCUUACCUCCCUCUACACAUCCAUAUCUAGUAGGUUACCUUACCUCCCUCUACACAUCCAUAUCUAGUAGUUUACCUUACCUCCCUCUACACAUCCAUAUCUAGUAGGUUACCUUACCUCCCUCUACACAUCCAUAUCUAGUAGGUUACCUUACCUCCCUCUACACAUCCAUAUCUAGUAGGUUACCUUACCUCCCUCUACACAUCCAUAUCUAGUAGGUUACCUUACCUCCCUCUACCAUCCAUAUCUAGUAGGUUACCUUACCUCCCUCUACAACAUCCAUAUCUAGUAGGUUACCUUACCUCCCUACAACAUCCAUAUCUAGUAGGUUACCUUACCUCCCUCUACACAUCCAUAUCUAGUAGGUUACCUUACCUCCCUCUACACAUCCAUAUCUAGUAGGUUACCUUACCUCCCUCUACAAUCCAUAUCUAGUAGGUUACCUUACCCCCUACCAUCCUUCUAGUAGGUUACCUUACCCCUUACACAUCCAUAUCUAGUAGGUUACCUUACCUCCCUCUACACAUCCAUAUCUAGUAGGUUACCUUACCUCCCUCUACACAUCCAUAUCUAGUAGGUUACCUUACCUCCCUCUACACAUCCAUAUCUAGUAGGUUACCUUACCUCCCUCUACACAUCCAUAUCUAGUAGGUUACCUUACCUCCCUCUACACAUCCAUAUCUAGUAGGUUACCUUACCUCCCUCUACACAUCCAUAUCUAGUAGGUUACCUUACCUCCCUCUACACAUCCAUAUCUAGUAGGUUACCUUACCUCCCUCUACACAUCCAUAUCUAGUAGGUUACCUUACCUCCCUCUACACAUCCAUAUCUAGUAGGUUACCUUACCUCCCUCUACACAUCCAUAUCUAGUAGGUUACCUUACCUCCCUCUACACAUCCAUAUCUAGUAGGUUACCUUACCUCCCUCUACACAUCCAUAUCUAGUAGGUUACCUUACCUCCCUCUACACAUCCAUAUCUAGUAGGUUACCUUACCUCCCUCUACACAUCCAUAUCUAGUAGGUUACCUUACCUCCCUCUACACAUCCAUAUCUAGUAGGUUACCUUACCUCCCUCUACACAUCCAUAUCUAGUAGGUUACCUUACCCCCUCAUACAUCCAUAUCUAGUAGGUUACCUUACCUCCCUCUACACAUCCAUAUCUAGUAGGUUACCUUACCUCCCUCUACACAUCCAUAUCUAGUAGGUUACCUUACCUCCCUCUACACAUCCAUAUCUAGUAGGUUACCUUACCUCCCUCUACACAUCCAUAUCUAGUAGGUUACCUUACCUCCCUCUACACAUCCAUAUCUAGUAGGUUACCUUACCUCCCUCUAACAUCCAUAUCUAGUAGGUUACCUUACCUCCCUCUACACAUCCAUAUCUAGUAGGUUACCUUACCUCCCUCUACACAUCCAUAUCUAGUAGGUUACCUUACCUCCCUCUAUACAUCCAUAUCUAGUAGGUUACCUUACCUCCCUCUACACAUCCAUAUCUAGUAGGUUACCUUACCUCCCUCUACACAUCCAUAUCUAGUAGGUUACCUUACCUCCCUCUACACAUCCAUAUCUAGUAGGUUACCUUACCUCCCUCUACACAUCCAUAUCUAGUAGGUUACCUUACCUCCCUCUACACAUCCAUAUCUAGUAGGUUACCUUACCUCCCCUACACAUCCAUAUCUAGUAGGUUACCUUACCUCCCUCUACACAUCCAUAUCUAGUAGGUUACCUUACCUCCCUCUACACAUCCAUAUCUAGUAGGUUACCUUACCUCCCUCUACACAUCCAUAUCUAGUAGGUUACCUUACCUCCCUCUACACAAUCCAUAUCUAGUAGGUUACCUUACCUCCCUCUACACAUCCAUAUCUAGUAGGUUUACCUUACUCCUUCUAUAACAUCCAUAUCUAGUAGGUUACCUUACCUCCCUCUACACAUCCAUAUCUAGUAGGUUACCUUACCUCCCUCUAUACAUCCAUAUCUAGUAAGUUAUUUUUAAAUGUAAUAAAAUAUAUGUUGCAUUCUUAGCAUUGUAAGUCAUCUUGCCUAGUUCCUCCAGGAUUUUGCGAUUCUGCAAUCGCAAAUAUUUUUUCAAAAUCAACAAUUACCUGCAUAUUAUGCGAGGGCUUGCAAUUUUGACCAAUCACCGCACAAAACAGUCAUAUUUCUGCAAUAUUUCCGCAUUAAACUGUAUGAUCACCACACUACAAAAGGAGGGCUCACAAUUUUAACCAAUCACUGCACUUAUACUGCAUAAAAUGGUUCAAUCAAGACACGUCAACAAAUGCUUCCCCCAUCAGUGAAUUUUGGUGUAAAAUUUGAGAGAAAUCUGCGCAAUUUGCCAUGCAAAAUGUCAGAAUUGCUUAAAGCAUUUUUGCCCACAGAUAACACAAAAAACUCUGCAAAAUCCUGGAAGGACUAUCUGAUAAGACAUGGAGCAGAGAGACAGCUGUUUUUAGGUCAGACCCUGUGUGUGUGUGUGUGUGUGUGUGUGUGUGUGUGUGUGUGUGUGUGUGUGUGUGUGUGUGUGUGUGUGUGUUUGUUUGUAGGUCAGACCCUGUUUGUGUGUGUGUGUGCGCCUCUCAAGGUUAUUAUAGUAAACUGAAACGAAUCAUGAAAACAAUUUAGUAAACUAAAAGAAUAAAAUUAAGAAACCCGUUUUAAAUACUGAAACUAUUAUAUUUGACUCCAAAACAAACUACAAUAAAAUAAAAUAAAAACAUGUUCAGUUUUACUUUUUUAUCAUCUGGGCAGAAAUCGAAUGGGGUUUUCUCACUUUUUUCUAAUGGGGUUUUCAAUCUUCUGAAUCUGGCAGGAGAUGGCAAUGUUUCAAAUAGGCCUAGCUUGUGUAUCACUAUCUUCCAUGGCCUGCACACUCACCAGCCAUGUCACCCAUUAAGCAUGUUUGGGAUGCUCUGGAUCGACGUGUACGACAGCGUGUUCCAUUCCCCACCAAUAUCCAGCAACUUCACACAGCCAUUGAAGAGGAGUGGGACAACAUUCCACGGGCCACAGUCAAUAGCCUGAUCAACUCUAUGCGAAGGAGAUGUGUCGCGCUGCAUGAGGCAAAAAACACAAAACUAUAAAAACCUUGCCUGUCUCAGUGCUGAUGCUCUAGCUUAGUCAUAGACAAAAACCACUUCAAGCCGUUCAGUUGAGCUGAGUUCCUGGAGAAAGACACUGCGUGUUAAGUAUUCUCGCGCUCUGGAACAAACUGUCUGUACAGUAUCUGAACCAUAUUGUCAUGUAUCUAAUGAUGUCUGUGUCUCAUCUUUCUCAGUAUUCAUGAAUGCAGCCAUCCCUAUCGCAGCUGUCCUGACCGUGAGUAUUCAUUCCACUCAUAAAUGGCUAUUCAUAUCUCAUAGGUGCCAUGCAUAAUACUGUCUACAGACUACCCCAAUAUCUGUCCUCCCUCACAUUGUUCGACAUAGAACAGCAUGUUCUAACCACCAUUUCACCCCUAAAAAUAAGCUGCAUUCUGGUCUGUGGAUUGUUCUCAGUGGAUGGGCUUUUACAAAGAACACAAUCCCUUUUCCCCAGUGAAUGGCACAGGCCAGACCAGUCCGGCUAGAGUGGUAUCACAGUCAGUCUGACAUGUUACGGCUCUCUAAAGGAUGGCCAGUGACAUUUCACAGGGACACACUGGAGGUUUGUGGCAUGGCCACUGUAAAUCCCAGUUAUAUAUACAGUACCAGUCAAAAGUUUGGACACACCUACUCAUUUUUCUUUAUUUUUACUAUUUUCUACAUUGUAGAAUAAUAGUGAAGACAUCAAAACUAUGAAAUAACACAUAUGGAAUCAUUUAGUAACCAAAAAAGUGUUAAAGAAAUCAAAAUAUAUUUUAUAUUUGAGAUUCUUCAAAUAGCCACCCUUUGCCUUGAUGACAGCUUGGCACACUCUUGGCAUUCUCUCAACCAGCUUCAACUGGAAUGUGGAGGCCAGGUCAUCUGAUACAGCACUCCAUCAUUCUCCUUCUUGGUAAAAUAGCCCUUACACAGCCUGGAGGUGUGUUGGGUCAUUGUCCUACUGAAAAACAAAUAAUAGUUCCACUAAGCCCAAACCAGAUGGGAUGGCGUAUCACUGCAGAAUGCUGUGGUAGCCAUGCUGGUUAAGUGUGCCUUGAAUUCUAAAUAAAUCACAGACAGUGUCACCAGCAAAGCACCCCCACACCAUAACACCUCCUCCUCCAUGCUUUACGGUGGGAACCACACAUGCGGAGAUCAUCCGUUCACCCACACCGCGUCUCACAAAGACACAGCGGUUGGAACCAAAAAUCUAAAAUUUGGACUCUAAUGUCCAUUGCUCGUGUUUCUUGGCCCAAGCAGGUCUCUUCUUCUUAUUGGUGUCCUUUAGUAGUGGUUUCUUUGCAGCAAUUCGAACAUGAAGGCCUGAUUCACACAGUCCCCUCUGAAUAGUUGAUGUUGAGAUGUGUCUGUGACUUGAACUCUGUGAAGCAUUUAUUUGGGAUGCAAUUUCUGAGGCUGGUAACUCUAAUGAACUUAUCCUCUGCAGCAGAGGUAACUCUGGGUCUUCCAUUCCUGUGGCGGUCCUCAUGAGAGCCAGUUUCAUCAUAGCCCUUGAUGGUUUUUGCGACUGCAGUUGAAGAAACUUUCAAAGUUCUUGAGAUUUUCCGUAUUGACUGACCUUCAUGUCUUAAAGUAAUGAUGGACUGUCGUUUCUCUUUGCUUAUUUGAGCUGUUCUUGCCAUAAUAUGGACUUGGUAUUUUACCAAAUAGGGCUAUCUUCUGUAUACCUUGUCACAACACAACUGAUUGGCUCAAACGCAUUAAGAAGGAAAGAAAUUCCACAAAUGAACUUUUAAUAAGGCACACCUGUUAAUUGAAAAUGCAUUCCAGGUGACUACCUCAUGAAGCUGGUUGAGAGAAUGCCAAGAGUGUGCAAAGCUGUCAAGGCAAAGGGUGGCUAUUUGAAGAAUCUCAAAAAUAAAAUAUAUUUUGAUUUGUUUAACACUUUUUGGUUACUACUUGAUUCCAUAUGUGUUAUUUUAUAGUUUUGAUGUCUUCACUAUUAUUCUACAAUGUAGAAAAUAGUACAAAUUAAGAAAAACACUUGACUGAGUAGGUGUGUCCAAACUUUUGACUGGUAGUAUAUAUAUAUAUAUAUAUAUAUAUAUAUAUAUAUAUAUAUAUAUAUAUAUAUAUAUAUAUAUAUAUAUAUACACACAGUUGAAGUCGGAAGUUUACAUACACUUAGGUUGGAGUCAUUAAAAUUCGUUUUUCAACCACACACAUUUAUUGUUAACAAACUAAGUUUUAGCAAGUCGGUUAUGACAUCUACUUUGUGCAUGACGCAAGUAAUUUUUCCAACAAUUGUUUACAGACAGAUUAUUUCACUUAUAAUUCACUGUAUCACAAUUCCAGUGGGUCAGACGUUUACAUACACUAAGUUGACUGUGCCUUUAAACAGCUUGGAAAAUUCCAGAAAAUGAUGUCAUGGCUUUAGAAGCUUCUGAUAGGCUAAUUGACAUAAUUUGAGUCAAUUGGAGGUGUACCUGUGGAUGUAUUUCAAGGCCUACCUUCAAACUCAGUGCCUCUUUGCUUGACAUCAUGGGAAAAUCAGAAGAAAUCAGCCAAGAAGAAAUUGUAGACCUCCACAAGUCUGGUUCAUCCUUGUGAGCAAUUUCCGAAUGCCUGAAGGUACCACGUUCAUCUGUACAAACAAUAGUACGCAAGUAUAAACACCAUGGGACCACGCAGCCGUCAUACCGCUCAGGAAGGAGACGCGUUCUGUCUCCUAGAGAUUAACGUACUUUGGUGCAAAAAGUGCAAAUCAAUCCCAGAACAACAGCAAAGGACCUUGUGAAGAUGCUGGAGGAAACAGGUAAAAAAGUAUCUAUAUCCACAGUAAAACAAGUCCUAUAUCGACAUAACCUGAAAGGCCUCUCAGCAAGAAAGAAGCCACUGCUCCAAAACCUCCAUAAAAAAGCCAGACUACGGUUUGCAACUGCACAUGGGGAGAAAGAUCAUACUUUUUGGAGAAAUGUCCUCCGGUCUGAUGAAACAAAAAUAGAACUGUUUGGCCAUAAUGACCAUCGUUAUGUUUGGAGGAAAAAGGGGGAUGCUUGCAAGCCGAAGAACACCAUCCCAACCGUGAAGCACGGGGGUGGCAGCAUCAUGCUGUGGGGGUGCUUUGCUGCAGGAGGGACUGGUGCACUUCACAAAAUAGAUGGCAUCAUGAGGAAGGACAAUUAUGUGGAUAUAUUGAAGCAACAUCUCAAGACAUCAGUCAGGAAGUUAAAGCUUGGUUGCAAAUGGGUCUUCCAAAUGGACAAUGACCCAAAAGCAUACUUCCAAAGUUGUGGCAAAAUGGCUUAAGGACAACAAAUUCAAGGUAUUGGAGUGGCCGUCACAAAACCCUGACCUAAAUCCUAUAGAAAAUGUGUGGGCAGAACUGAAAAAGUGUGUGUGAGCAAGGAGGCCUACAAACCUGACUCAGUUACACCAGCUCUGUCAGGAGGAAUGGGCCAAAAUUCACCCAACUUAUUGUGGGAAGCUUGUGAAAGGCUACCCGAAACGUGUGACCCAAGUGAAACAAUUUAAAGGCAAUGCUACCAAAUACCAAUUGAAUGUAUGUAAACUUCUAACCCACUGGGAAUGUGAAAUAAAUCAUUCUCUCUACUAUUAUUCUGACAUUUCACAUUCUUAAAAUGAAGUGGUAAUCCUAACUGACCUAAAACAGGGAAUUUUUACUAGGAUUAAAUGUCAGGAAUUGUGAAAAACUGAGUUUAAAUGUAUUUGGCUAAGGUGUAUGUAAACCUCCGACUUCAACUGUAUGUAUAUAUAUAUGAGAGAGAGAGAGAGACUUUUAUAUCUCUCAUUGCUUAGCCCCAAAGUGGAAAUGCUCAAGUUUGCCACAAACUGACUGAAAGGCAAAAGUAUUUAAAUUAAUCAGUAAUGUGUCUUUCUGAAGGAUAUUUAUUAAUUCCGGGUCCUGUAUCGGAUGCGAGCACAUCUCAGACUAUAGCAUAUCUCCCAUUGACAUUAAUGCAUGAUUUAUGUAAACGUUUGAGUUGCUCACUUGCAUCUUGAGUCAGGAUUCAGACUUCACUCACAGUAUCUUUGCUGGUUACUGGAGUGAGAUUAAUAUUUUUCUCUCCUGUCGUCAUCUUCCUGUAGACGUUUGUGGUCCAUGUGCACAUCUCUGAGGAGGCUGACCUGUCCCCUGCUGUGGCCUUUGCGUCCUUAUCCCUGUUUCACAUCCUGGUCACUCCUCUCUUCCUGCUCUCCAGCGUG